AUGAGUUUACGCGCUUUGACCAUGAAGGCGUCUGCCCGUCCUUUGAUGACUUUGGGUGCCCGUCAAGCCCCAAUCGGUGCCCGUUACAUGUCAACCCCAGCUCCCCAAGACCCCAAGGAAAAGGCCUCUUCUAUCUUGAGUGCUUUGCCAGGCAACAGUGCUUUGUCCAAAACUGGUAUUUUGGCAACUUCCACUGCUGCUGCCAUCUAUGCCAUCUCUAACGAACUAUACGUGAUCAACGACGAAUCUAUCUUGUUGGCCACUUUCACUGGGUUCGUUGCCAUUGCUGUCAAGUUCUUGGCCCCUGCUUACAAGGACUAUGCUGACUCCAGAGUUAAGCAAGUCUCCGACGUCUUGAAUGCCUCCAGAGUCAAGCACGUGGACGCCGUUAAGCAGAGAAUUGAGUCCGUGUCUGAAUUGGAGAAUGUCUCAGAAACCACCAAGGUUUUGUUUGACGUUUCAAAGGAAACUGUUGAGUUGGAGGCCAAGGCUUUUGAGUUGAAGCAAAAAGUUGAUUUGGCCACCGAAGCCAAGUCUGUUUUGGACUCUUGGGUUAGAUACGAAGCCUCUGUCCGUCAAUUACAACAACAACAACUCACUGAAACCGUCAUCAAAAAGGUCACUGCUGAACUUGCCAACCCUAAAUUCCAGGACAAAGUUCUGCAACAGUCCGUUGCUGACGUCGAAAAGUUGUUUGCCAGCUUGAAAUAA